AUGAGGACCCACCAGCGUGAUGUUAUCGUUUCGAGGCGUCAGGGAGUCCGCGCGGGCGAGCAAAAUGGCCAAGGGAAGCCAGGCGGGGCGAGCAAAAUGGCCAAGGGAAGCCAGGCGGGGCGAGCAAAAUGGCCAAGGGAAGCCAGGCGGGGCGAGCAAAAUGGCCAAGGGAAGCCAGGCGGGGCGAGCAAAAUGGCCAAGGGAAGCCAGGCGGGGCGAGCAAAAUGGCCAAGGGAAGCCAGGCGGGGCGAGCAAAAGGGCCAAGGGAAGCCAGGCGGGGCGAGCAAAUUGGCCAAGGGAAGCCAGGCGGGGCGAGCAAAAUGGCCAAGGGAAGCCAGGCGGGGCGAGCAAAAUGGCCAAGGGAAGCCAGGCGGGGCGAGCAAAAUGGCCAAGGGAAGCCAGGCGGGGCGAGCAAAAUGGCCAAGGGAAGCCAGGCGGGGCGAGCAAAAUGGCCAAGGGAAGCCAGGCGGGGCGAGCAAAAUGGCCAAGGGAAGCCAGGCGGGGCGAGCAAAAUGGCCAAGGGAAGCCAGGCGGGGCGAGCAAAAUGGCCAAGGGAAGCCAGGCGGGGCGAGCAAAAUGGCCAAGGGAAGCCAGGCGGGGCGAGCAAAAUGGCCAAGGGAAGCCAGGCGGGGCGAGCAAAAUGGCCAAGGGAAGCCAGGCGGGGCGAGCAAAAUGGCCAAGGGAAGCCAGGCGGGGCGAGCAAAAUGGCCAAGGGAAGCCAGGCGGGGCGAGCAAAAUGGCCAAGGGAAGCCAGGCGGGGCGAGCAAAAUGGCCAAGGGAAGCCAGGCGGGGCGAGCAAAAUGGCAAGGGAAGCCAGGCGGGGCGAGCAAAAUGGCCAAGGGAAGCCAGGCGGGGCGAGCAAAAUGGCCAAGGGAAGCCAGGCGGGGCGAGCAAAAUGGCCAAGGGAAGCCAGGCGGGGCGAGGUAG